GCACGUCACUUCCUCGCAAACUUUUUCCCGCGGAACUGUCUCCGCGAAAGUUGCCGGCGGCGGCCGCCCGGGCCGGGGGCUGCUCCGCGCCCGCCGAGCGGGGAGGGCUUUCCGGCCGGCCGGGCAUGCCCGCCUCCCUGCGCUCGCUGGGGCACGGCCGGGCCGCCGUGGGCCGCCCGUGGGACCGUUAGCUCGGGCGGCGGGGGCGCCGCUGCCGGCUCGCCGCGGUCCGGAGCGCCAUGGCCCGGGACUGCGCCGCCCGCAGCCUGGACGGCAUCGACCUGGCGGCGCUGCGGGACCCUGCGGGAAUAUUUGAGCUGGUGCAAGUUGUUGGAAAUGGGACAUAUGGACAAGUCUAUAAGGGUCGCCAUGUUAAGACUGGGCAGCUAGCAGCGAUCAAAGUGAUGAAUGUUACUGAGAAUGAAGAGGAGGAAAUCAAGCUGGAGAUAAAUAUGUUAAAAAAGUAUUCCCAUCACCGGAAUAUUGCUACAUAUUAUGGUGCGUUUGUAAAGAAAAGUCCUGCAGGCCAAGAUGAUCAGCUCUGGCUGGUGAUGGAGUACUGCGGUGCGGGCUCGGUCACUGACCUGGUGAAGAAGACCAAAGGGAACUGUUUCAAGGAAGACUGGAUUGCCUACAUCUGCAGAGAGGUUCUCAGGGGCUUGGCACAUCUUCAUGCUCACCAUGUCAUCCAUCGAGAUAUUAAAGGACAGAAUGUUCUUCUCACAGAAAAUGCAGAAGUAAAGCUGGUGGAUUUUGGUGUCAGCGCUCAGCUGGAUAGGACUAUUGGGAGAAGAAACACAUUUAUUGGCACGCCCUAUUGGAUGGCACCUGAGGUCAUUGCUUGUGAGGAGAACCCAGACUCUACAUAUGAUUACAGAAGUGACCUAUGGUCUCUGGGAAUCACUGCCAUUGAAAUGGCCGAAGGAGCUCCUCCCCUGUGUGACAUGCACCCCAUGAGAGCGCUCUUCCUCAUCCCACGGAACCCGCCCCCAAAGCUGAAAUCCAGAAAAUGGUCAAAGAAAUUCCUAAACUUUGUUGAAAGCUGCCUUGUAAAAAAUUAUUUGCAUCGUCCAUCCACUGAAACCUUGCUUAAGCAUUCUUUCAUCCGAGACAUGCAGAAUGAACGGCAAGUGCGCAUCAUGCUGAAAGACCACCUGGACAGGACCAGGAAGAAAAAAGGAGAAAAGGAAGAAACUGACUAUGAUUACAGUGGAAGUGAGGAGGAAGAUGAUGAGCUGAAUGAAGAUGAAGGAGAACCAAGCUCCAUAGUUAAUCUCCCAGGGGAGUCAACUCUCCGUCGUGAAUUUCUGAGGCUGCAGCAGGAGAACAAAAACCGUUCUGACCCUCAACACCAGCAGCAGCAGCUGAAGGACCAGGAGAAGUACAAGAAGCAGCUGCUGACAGAGCGGCAGAAACGGAUCGAGCAGCAGAAAGAGCAGAGGAGGAGGCUGGAGGAUCAUCAGAGGCGAGAGCAGGAGCUACGAAGGCAGCAGGAGUGUGAGCAGAGGUGGCCGGAGGCUAAGGCUGUUCAGAGGAAGGAGGAGAGGUGUAAAGAAGACAAAAGGGCUGUGGAAGAUGAACGAUUCAUGGUGGAUGGACAGAGGAAAUCCGAAAAGAAGCAGAAAGUGGAAGAUGUGCAGCACAACAGGAAGGUGCAUCGAACUCUCCCCAAAGAUCAGACGCAGCUGCUCUCUCUCCAGCAUGACCACAAGCAGAAGAAGAAGGAGCCCUCCAAGAGUUCAGAUUCAUCAGUGCAUCCUCCAUCAAGCAGCACAAGCAAAGAGGGCGAGGACCGAAAAAAGGAAAGUGACGGCAUCCAGGCUGCCCUGCAGUGGCCAGCGGUGCUGGGGCAUGAAGUGGCACCGCACACCAGGAUGGGAUCAGGCAGCAGCUCCAGCCCGUGCACCCCCGCGCCACAGAGAGCCGUGUUAGUGCAGUGUGAAAAUUUCCGGGCUAGUAAGGAUGUGUACCACAGCAGUUCGCUGUCGGAUAUGGUGACGACACCCCUCAGCCCUGUGCAGGAUGAUGUAUUCUGGAGCGUGAGUCAAAACGAGGAACAGCCCCCAAAGGUUCCAGAAAGGACAACCUCUAAAUUUUACAGCAGAGAUCAGCCUGGCCAUCAGAGAUGUCUUUCAAGUAACACUCAUCAGUCAUCCCCCGGGGAACAUGCUCUGAAGCUGAAUAGCAGCAGCAUUCCUGGCAACAAGCAGUGGGAGAUGGGGUCACAUCAGAGCAGCCGAUCAACCUCAGGGAAUCCAGGACCAGCCAAGGCAGAGAAUGUUUUGCCCCAAAACCAAUUGCAGCUGCUUAAGAUGUCUGAAAAAGCUUCUCAUCAAGGCCAGAUUGCAAGUCCAGGCUCCUUUGCCAAGGGGAAGGAUGGUGCCAGCUCAUUCUUAAAAGCAGCAGACUAUUCAUCAUCGAGUGACGAAGGUGACAGCAGUGAUGAAGAUGACAUGAACCACACAGGGCAACUGCUAAGCAGCAGAGUGGCAGAUUUCCCAAGGACAAGAGUACCAGAUGGAAUUGAACUGAAACCCCAAAGCACCGUUGCAGAACAGAAGGAUCAGAUUUUAGGGAAACAAAUUUCGAGCACCCAAGAAGGCCUCUGGAGCAUAAGCAACCAGAACUAUCUCCUGCCAGAUCUCCUCCAGCAAAGCCAAAUUUCAGACUCCUCUUUGAACCCACCAAAAGUGCCACUGACUAGCCAGGAACCUCAGAACAAACUUCUGAAUAAGAUCCCGUGCACUGAAAGUACCCCUUCAAAGAGCAGUACAUCGUCCACAACAUCCUUCACUUCAUUCAUAGAUCCCAGACUGCUGCCAAUCACCCCUCCCACCAGUCCAGUAGGACCUUCCUGUAGUUCUCCAUCUAGUGCAAAACCCGAGCCUGUCAGGAGAGAAAAUGCCAGGAAGGGCUCUGUUGUCAACGUCAACCCAACGAAUAUCCGCCCACAGAGUGACAGUCCAGAAAUUCGUAAAUACAAGAAGAAAUUCAACUCGGAGGUUCUUUGUGCUGCUCUGUGGGGAGUAAAUCUACUGGUGGGAACGGAGACUGGAUUGUGGCUGCUGGACAGAAGUGGCCAAGGAAGAGUUUAUUCGCUGAUUACAAGGAGACGAUUCCAGCAAAUGGAUGUUCUGGAAGGACUCAAUGUGCUAAUUACUAUAUCAGGGAAGAAGAAUAAGUUGAGGGUAUAUUACUUAUCAUGGCUGAGAAAUAAAAUUUUGCGUAAUGAUCCAGAGGUGGAGAAGCGGCAAGGCUGGGUGUCUGUGGGUGACCUGGAAGGCUGUGUACACUACAAAGUCGUGAAAUAUGAGAGAAUCAAAUUCCUCGUAAUUGCUUUGAAAAACUCAGUGGAGGUUUAUGCUUGGGCUCCAAAGCCUUAUCACAAAUUCAUGGCUUUCAAGUCCUUUACCUCACUUCAUCACAAACCACUGGCAGUUGACCUGACUGUUGAAAAUGGACAAAGAUUAAAAGUCAUAUAUGGCUCACUAGUAGGCUUUCACGCUAUCGAUGUGGACUCUGGAUCUGUGUACGACCUGUACCUUCCAACACACAUCCAGGGGACUAUUCAUCCACAUGCCAUUAUCAUCCUCCCGAACACCAGCGGAAUGGAGCUCUUACUCACCUAUGAAGAUGAAGGCAUCUACGUUGAUAUAUAUGGGCAUUUCACAAAGGAAACUGUUUUACAGUGGGGAGAAAUGCCAGCAUCUGUAGCUUACCUUCAAUCUAAUCAGGUCAUGGGCUGGGGAGAGAAGGCGAUUGAACUACGCUCUGUGGAAACAGGAAAUCUGGAAGGAGUAUUUAUGCACAAGAAAGCACAGAAGCUAAAAUUUCUAUGUGAAAGAAAUGACAAGGUGUUCUUUGCAUCUGUACAGUCAGGAGGCAGCAGUCAAAUAUAUUUUAUGACUCUUGGUCAAAAUGUACUAUUCAACUGGUAAAUCACUUCAAAAUGAAGGAUGCUUUGAAAUUCCCUGUAGGUAGCAGUGUAAAAUGCUUGGAAGUAAUAUACGCAAAUUUGCACUUUUUACCUACAAAGAUUUUGCCAUUAUUAACUUAUCAAAAUUCAUAUUCUUUCAGUUGGGAAAGAAUUCCAUUUUCCUGUCAAAGUAUUGCAAACCUUGUUUGUCUUGUAAAAUGUGUUGCAAACCAAGAUUGUAUUCACAGUGCCAGGAGAGAACAACUUUAAUGAAGAAUGUAGCCAGUUGAAGAGGUUCCUGUACUCUGAAACGUGUACAGUUUCAUUUUCACAGAUGAUGUAAUGUUGUUAUCUUGAACUGAAGCCUUUCUCUUUUUGGACAGCAACAUCUCUAAGUAGAUAUAUAAACACAAACAAGUUGUGUGCCAAACUGGCAUCUACUUUAUUUUGAACUGGGUUUUGGCUUGUUUUGCAUUUUAAGCAAGCUGUCACCGUUUUACCAAGACUCAGUUGCCCAAGUCUUAUAACAGGUGAAAGAGCAAGUGUUCCUGAUGGGGCCUAACGCAGAUGGGGAUGCUCGAGGGAUCAGCUGUAUCCUGUGCUAGGUAGACAGGUGCAUUUCACUGCAGAGCUGUAAAAGCAGCUACUUCUAGACACGUGCCCCAUCCGGUAGAUGUUACAAAAUGCAGGGGACAGACUUCAUGUUUCUCUCAGGGCUGGAUGCCUGAGCCCGUCGACACAGUUACUGUAGAAUGUAUUUGUAAAAAUAGUUCAAAUAGUAGUUUGUCAAAAUCAUAUGUGCAUAAAGCCUUGUGGACCUGAACCUGUAACUUUCGUUCAAACAUGGGACCUGCACUCAUAUGAGUUGAUUUAAAGGCACUACCCAUGUAUAUAAGGGCACAGGACCAGGCACCAUCUUUUCUUCCCUUCUUGCUCUUUCAGCAGCAAGUCUUUCAUGUAUUUCUGUGUAAAUAUAUUCUUUCCACAAUGGAUGUUAAGAUUAACAAAUGUAUUCUUAAUAUAGUUAUGAAAAUAUCCAAAGAGUUAAUCUAUUAUAAAUAGAAAAUAUAAAUAAUUUCAGGUGCUUUCUAUGCUAAUUACAUCUAAACAAAGCUGCAUCCACUAGUGUUAUUGGUGCCAGUGUUUCUGCAUAAACUCUGUUCUCAGGGGCUUUGUAACUUGGCCAUAAAACUAUACAGAUAUUAUAUAUAUACAUAUAUAUAUACUAUAUAUCAUAUACUAUGAUUAAAUGGUAUGGUUUAAUGCAAUCCUCAUUUAGGUGAUUUUUGGAUGUGCUUUGAAAAUGGAAAGCAUCAAAGGUAAUACAAAAGAGCUCAUUCCAGACAUGAUACAGUAUGGAUGACACUGUAGGUGAAAGUGAAAUUGCUAGCUACAGUGUUUGAAAAUAGAUUAUUUUUUUUUUUUACUUGAAAUAUGUGAUACUGAAAGGUGCAGGGAAAGUGCAUUGGAAUAUCUGGUCGUCUACCUCAAGGAUGUUCAUUCAAAAUUGAUGAAGAAGGCGAGAAAGAAAGUUGUUAAAACUGGUAGCUGUUUUGUAUAGUGUGUCAGGUCAAGUUAGUGUUAGCAGUCAUGCUGUGACUGACAGGUGCUGUGAUUGCAACCAUCAGCCCCAGAACUGGCGUCCUUGUAUAUGUCAGCAGAGAAUCAAAUUAGGGGCUAAUCAUCCUUUGCCCCCUUUCCUGUGCUGGCACCUCAACAGCUGUUGCUGCCUGUGCUCUUUGGCUAUGUGGAGGACUGCACUUUCCAAAGUUAUUAGUCUAGCACUUUUCACAAGCACUAGUGUAUCUCAAAAUGUAUAGGUUUUUUAUGAAGUAUUUUCCCUUUAAAUGUUUUAACUUGCAGAAAAAUAAGCCUAAGGCCACACAAAAAAAUAUGUGCAGCUAAAUAUUCAAAGUGGUUCUUAAUGUACUCAAGUAAUCAGUUUGGAUGCAGGCUUGAAAUUUGAAUGCUACACUGUGCUCAGACAGAGCUGUGUGAAAACAGGAUGUCCCUGUCUAUUAGUAGUAAUGAUCCUACCUGUUGCCAAUGCUAGGUCUGGGACAAAUGAGCAAAACGUGGCUUGGCUGCCAUGCUACUCAAAACUGGACUUUUUUGUAUCCACAAAACAAACAAACAAACAAAACUAAAAACAAACUCAAAAAAAAUAACAAGAAUAAACAAUGAAGAUGUGACUAAAACCAAAACAACAAAAAAAAAAGCCACACACACAACUAAACCAACCCAAGCCUGUAACACCUGUAACAGAAACAGAGAUGAAAGUUACAAUUACAGGCAUAAAAUAAUUUGCAGACAAUCAGAAAUACAACUUAAUUGCUUUCAACUUAAAAGUCUAAGAGUGAGAAGGAAGAACAGCUUUCAUUUUGUACCCAGUAGGUAUGCAAAACUUUCUUGCAAAACUGCUAAUGCUAUAAACAAUCAGUGAUCCAGGCUGCACUAUAUUAUUUUCUAAAGUGUGCUUAUCAUAGCAGCUUCUGCAUUACAAGGGAUGCAUGUGAAUUUUUUCCCUCUCCUAUUAUGGUGUCAACAGAUAGGAGGAAGAUUUUUUUUCUUGAUGCUGGGCACUAGUUAAAUAGAAUUUAGCAGAGAACAGUGGGAAUUUAGAACAACUGAUAUCAACAGAAUAAAGAAGCAAAUGUGAUCAAACUUGUUUAAUAUUAUUUUAACAGAAAAGCUUGAUAGUAAGUUGACACGCUGUAAAGAUGUUAAGCUCCAUACCAAGAGUGGGGGGGGAAAGAUCAAGAGAGCAAAUGUGCACUAUUACAUUGAUAUUUUAAUUUUUCAUUCUUUUUUCUUCUAUUAGCUCUCAUUUCUCUCCAUCUAUGUCAAGGCAGGGGGUUAGAUUUUUCAUCUGUCACUUUGCACAAAACUAUUGGAAUUAUUUGGGUUACAUCCAUGUGUAAACAUGGAAAGAAUGAAGUCUAUAGAGGUGAAUGCUUUGAAAGGGUUUAGAAGUGGUAUUGCAAAUAGCAAUAGCAACUAGAUGCAACAAGGAGAAGACUGUGGCAUAUUUUUUUUUAUUAAGAGAAAAUCAGAACAGUUGAAAAUUAGAAAGAGCCUAGAGAUGUUGAGAAGAGUAAUAGAGGAGAGUGGAAGUGACUGAAGAGGUGGGGAAAGCUGAAGAAAAUAAACAGGAGUAGCCAAAGGGGAGUGAGUGGAUGUCUGGAACAGUGUAUUGCUGUAGGAAGAAUUAAAAAAAGGAGUUAAGGGAUGUUAAGGAAAAGGAAGUAACCAAAGAAAUGAAAAGUUAUCGGGAGUGACCAGGUGGUCUGAACACUGAAUGAGUGUUCUGAAAAACUGUUCAGCUCAAAGCAAAAGUUCAAAGGCAGGAAGGAAAAAAAAAUUCCAGAGACACAAGUUUAUCCUGACAUAAAUUUAACUAUGCAAAAUGUGUAUCAGAUAUGUAGUUUCAUUUUGUGAGGCGUUCCUCUAGCUGUACCCUUUCACUAACUUUUAAAAUCAAGGAGUAAACCGAUUAACAAUGUAUUUUUCUAGUGAUGUCACUUUGAUGUGAACAAAUGCUACAGGGGCAGAAGGGCAGAAUGUUAAGAAUCCCUGUCAGUAAUCCUUUGGUACAUGCAGUAUCCUAAUGGCAGGUGGUGCUCUUAAUCUUAUAUUUGCCAAACAAGAUUGUGCUAAUAACUGCAGCAAGGUAGUACUGGAUGUGCCUGCUUUCAUUUUAGGAACAGUGAACUCUAUUCUAGAGCCUGAACCUUGACACAUGACUUUAAAACCUGGGAAUGAUACAAGCCUAUGUGCUGUGCGUUAUGUAUUGUUCCCUAAUGUUGAAAUUGUACAACUGAAACAGUAAUAAAAAAAAUACUCUGAAAAUCAA